AAUAGUCUCCUAUAUCACUAUCUCUCUUCAUCUUCUCUCUUCGUUUUGCUGUGUCACUUCAUCGUCGAUUUUCUGAGCUCGUAACCACCGGGAAUUUGGGAAUAAAUAAUUGUAUAACGGUAGUAGAAAGUGGAGAGGAUUGUGUCUUUGGUGGAUUGGUUAACUCCGGCGGAGUCGACGACAAAGUUCCCGGCGUUAGGAAUAAAUAAAGGUCGAUGAAGAAUAAUAAAUAAAGUGAUUCGGAUUGACAACAUCUCUAUCUAUCUGCACUUUUACUGCCAACGGCAACUCCUCCCAUCGGUGCACCGCCCACAGAUUGCAUCGGAACUUCAUUUUCGGAAUUUGGUAAUACGCUGCUUGUGCUAUUCGUGAAGGAACCAUAUGAGUGAAGUUGCUGAAUAUAUAUUUUAGAGUUUGUUAUUUGCUGUAUAAUCUGAGAGAACAAAAAAGAAGAAGAAAGUAGAAUGGGCAGUCCACAUUUGCCAAAGAAAAGAGUGGCCUUUGUGCUGAUUGAUGGGUUGGGUGAUGUGUCACUGCCAAGGUUGGGAUACAAGACACCUCUUCAGGCAGCAAAACUUCCCAAUUUGGAUGGCAUAGCAUCUGCUGGGGUUAAUGGAUUGAUGGACCCAGUUGAGGUUGGCUUAGCUUGUGGAAGUGAUACUGCUCAUCUUUCUCUUUUGGGUUAUGAUCCUCGAGUUUAUUAUCGUGGUCGUGGGGCUUUUGAAUCAAUGGGGGCUGGAUUGGCCAUGUCGCCCGGUGAUAUUGCUUUUAAGUCAAAUUUUGCUACUCUUGAUGAGGAAACAGGAGUUGUCACCAGUAGGAGAGCUGACAGACACUUUGAAGAAGAAGGCCCUAUACUAUGUGCUGCCCUUGAUGGAAUGAAGCUUCCAUCUUUCCCUCAAUAUGAAGUCAGAGUCAGGUAUGCUACAGAACAUAGAUGUGGAGUGGUUGUUAAAGGACCAAAUUUGAGCGGAAAUAUAUCAGGAACAGACCCUUUAAAGGAUAACCGCUUACUUUUGAAAGCAGAAGCUUUAGAUGAUUCUCAUGAAGCAAGGAACACUGCUGCUGUUAUUAAUGAGUUGUCUAAGGAAAUAACAAAGAUUUUGGUUUCUCAUCCUGUGAAUGCUAAACGUGCUGCAGAAGGGAAGAAUAUUGCAAAUGUAGUUCUUUUAAGAGGAUGUGGCAUUCGAAUUGAGGUUACGCCAUUUAUAGAAAAACAUGGUUUGUCGCCAUGCAUGGUAGCUCCAACGAAAAUAAUUGCUGGUCUAGGCUUAUCACUUGGUAUUGAUAUUCUAGAAGCUCCUGGAGCUACUGGAGACUAUCGAACUUUACUAACUUCAAAAGCAACAGCAAUAGCUAAGGCACUCUCGGCUCCUUCGCAGUCAUGCCCCCAAGUUUUUGUACCUGGAGAGGAUGAGCAUAAAGCUGGCCGCCCGGAUGGCUAUGACUUUGGAUUCCUUCAUAUUAAGGCAAUAGAUGAUGCAGGCCAUGACAAAGCAAGCAUUCUCAAAGUCAAAGCAUUAGAAGCUGUUGAUACUGCUAUAGGGCAAUUGGCAAGAUUACUCUGGGAAGCAGAAUCAACCGGAAAGUUUCAGUUUUUCCUUUGUGUCACAGGAGACCAUUCUACUCCAGUAGAAUAUGGAGAUCAUAGCUUUGAACCAGUUCCAUUUGCUAUAUGCCGUUUGAAGGAUUUCGUUGGUGCAAUUGGUGAAUCCGUUAUUCGCGGAACUUCUCUCGAUUCAUUUCCUCUUCCAAGUGUUAAGUCUGGUGAAGACUUGACUUUUGAUUUGGAAACAGAAGAGAGAGGAGACAAACGCUCUAAAUCUUAUAGCGGCGAUUCAGUAUAUGAAUUAAAUGAAAUUGCAGCUGCAAGAGGAUGUUUGGGGCGUUUCCCUGGAGGAGAAAUGAUGGGAAUUAUAAAGAAUUUCCUUAACCUAGAUGCAGAAACUAUUUAAAUAAGGAAUGUCAUGGAGAUUUAUAAGUUAAAAUGUUUCCCUCUUUCUCUGAAAUCAAGUGAUACAAGUGUCUUUUUUGUGCUUGAGCAUUUGUACUAUGGCAAGUAUUUUCUACAAAUAACAAAGUAAACUCAGCUUGAAUAAAUUUAUUUCUGUUAUUUUUUUA